UUUGACAGUUUGUCAAAUUGACGUUUAUUAGUGGCUGGAACGCUUUUAUUUUUUUAUUUAUUGAAAUUGUGAAAAAUGGGUCGCAAUGAUUCUGAUGAUGGUAGCGGCUCUGAGUCCGAAGGCAGCCAUAGUCGAUCUCCAUCGCCUCAGACAGCACCCACGCCGGGCUUCACAUUAGAGCAUCAUGAUCCGGAGCCAGGAUCUCCACAUAGUCAUCAUUCAGGCGCUAGUGGAAGCGACCGCAAAUCUCGUUCCCGCUCGGGCUCAUCUUCUAGUUCGGGCUCGGUCAGCAACUCUGGGUCCCGCUCUGGCUCACAUACACCAUCUGGUUCACCUCAAAGCCGACGAUCAGGGUCUCCACAGAGCCGGCAUUCAGCCAGAUCGGCGGCCCCUAGCCGGGAUCACAGCCCGGCAGGAAAUCGUGAAAAUUCCCGAGGGGCAAGCCGCUCACAGUCCCGACGGACAAGCCGCUCACAAUCACGCGCUGCAAGUCGCUCACAAUCACGCGCGGCAAGCCGCUCACACUCGCGCGCGGCAAGCCGCUCACAAUCACGCGCAGCAAGCCGCUCACAUUCGCGUGCGCC